UGAUUUCGCACCAUGAAAUCGUUAACGGCAGUUGCUUUCGUUGUUGCGGCUCUCAUUGCCUGCGGCGCAUCCAAACACAUCGAGUCUAAGAUGGCCGAUAAGGAUUUCUUGGCUAAGGAGAAGUUCUUUUUGGAAAUUUUUCAACACAUCUACCAGGACGAUGUGUUUGUGACAAAAUUCGACGACAGCUACGCCAACUAUAAACCUUGGGAACAUUUGGACGACUACAAGCGCCUGGAGAAGUUGACCGAUUUCUUCGAACUCUGGCCGCACAAGCCUCUGUACGAUGAUGAGAUUUUCACGCCAAUUGUGCCACGAUUCAAAGAAUAUGCCCUUGGCAUGGCCAAGCUCUUCUUCUAUGCCAAGGAUUGGAACGCAUUUACCCAUGCCGUCUAUUGGGCCCGCAUGCAUGCCAACAAGCAACUGUUCGUGUACAGCUUGACCAUGGCAGCCCUAUCUCGCGAUGACCUUCAGGGCAUUACAUUCCCAGCCAUAUACGAAAUCUUUCCCUGGCACUUCUUCGAUGUAGAGACAUUGGAGGCGGCAGAACGCUUCAAGAUGCAUGGAUUCCACAAUGUAAAGAAACUGGACAAGGCCUACAACGUUGUGAUCAAGUCCAACUACAGCAAUGUCUAUGGCGAUGUCAACUACGAUCACAACCUGGCCUACUUCACUGAGGACAUUGGUUUCAAUGCCUUCUACUACUAUUACCAGAUUGAUUAUCCAUAUUGGACUCAUGGCCCCCCUGGGCAUGAAUACAAAAAGGACAAACGUGGCGAACUGUACUUGUAUGUGCACCAACAACUCUUGGCCCGCUACUACUUGGAACGUUUGUCCAACGACAUUGGCGAAAUUCCUCACUUCAAUAUGUACGGCACCUACGAACCUGGAUACUUCAGUAACUUGCGCUACUACCAAGGUGUAAGCUUCCCCAACCGUCCCAACGCCUAUAACUUCUACCAAUCGGAUAACUACGAAGCCAUUGACUCAAUUCAUUUGUAUGGCGCUCGCAUUGCCGAAUACGUGGACACCACCACGGACGACUACCGGACGGCGGUCGAAAAGUUGGGCAACAUGUUGGAGGGUAAUUUGGACAGCGUCAAUCUGAAGAAAUACGGCAGCUUGGAUCGUUUUUACCGCAAUUUAGUCAGCCAAAGUCGUCCCUAUGGCAAGUAUGGGGAACCUUUGCCUGGCACCCAGAGUCACUACGAGACAUCUCUGCGCGACCCGAUCUUCUAUUCCAUCUACAAGGAGAUACUCGAGUACUACUGGCGACUGACCGCUCACUUCCCUGAAUACAAGCACGACGAUUUGGUAUUCCCCGGUGUAUCCCUUGACAAAGUGCAUGUGCCCGAUGCAUUGUACACCUAUUUUGAGUACUUCGAUGCCGAUAUUAGCAAUGCGGUCAAUGUGGGCAUUGCCACUAGUGAAGUCACUACCGACGAGCUGUACAAAUUCGGCCGCAACUCUGUCUAUCAUGGCGAGAGUUUUGUCAUUAAAGCCCGUCAGUUGCGUUUGAACCACCAUCCUUUCGAAUUUACUCUCGAUGUGACUUCGGACAAGGCCCAAAAGGCCAUUGUCAAGAUCUUCAUUGGCCCCAAAUACGAUGAAAACGGUCAUGAUUUGUACUUGGAGAAGAAUUACAAGAACUUCUUUGAAUUGGACCACUAUAUUGUGGAUUUGGUAGCCGGUGUGAAUCAUCUGAAACGCAGCUGUGAAGAAUUCGGAAUGUGGGUUGAAGAUCGCACCACCUACUUUGAACUCUACCGUAAGGUAAUGGACGCCACCGUUUCGGACUACAAAUUCCAGCUGAACCAAGAGCAAGCUCAUUGCGGAGUACCUCGACGCAUGAUGUUACCCGCAGGCAAAAAGGGGGGCAUGCCAUUCCAGUUCUUCUUCAUGGUCUUCCCCUACCAUGCCCCUGAGGUGGAGCAAUAUUCCACAUUUGAUCCCGUCCUCUCUUGCGGAGUUGGUUCUGGCAGUCGCUACAUUGACUCUCUGCCAUUCGGUUUCCCCUUCAAUCGUCCCAUCAAACAUGGCUAUCACUUCGAGGUUGAUAACUUUAAAUUCUAUGAUAUUAAGAUCUACCACAAGGAAGAGACCAGCAAUGUGGUCUAGCAUGUCUGACACAAGGGCGAUGUAGUUGUGUUUAUGUGACUGGCAAAAAAAUAAAAGAAAAUAUAUAAAAGGA